AUGAAAGAUUGGACUAUCAAAGUACAAUGUAGUAAUUACGUAGGUAUUUUUUAUAAAAUUCACCAACAAAAUAUAUUCAAUAACCAUAGCCCUAGUACUGUCGCUGCUGCUGCUGCCGCUACUGCCAGAGAUAAUAGUAAUCUAACCUCCCAGCUGCUGCACCAAUUGACAACCGGAAAUUUCCAAUUCCCAAUCCAAGUUAAAAGGGAACCAACUCAAGACAACGACUCUAUCGUCUCGCCAUCCAGUACUACUACUGCUACUGCUACUACCGCAUCAAACAACUCGUCGAUCACACCCGAACAACAACAAGAUAUUAGAAACCAAAUCCAACAACUUCAACAACAAAUCUAUAAUAAUUUAAUUAAUUUAGAUCCUUCUACUUUACAACAACAACAACAACAACCACAACCAACUCAACAAUCACAACAAUUAAUUCAACAACAACAACCACAACAACAACAACAAUCAACUCUUUGUCAACAACAACAAAAGAAAAUGAUAUCACUAUUAGAGAAUGAAUUCUUUCCAUCAUCGACAAUGGAUAAUUUAAAUUGGAAUCAACCAGAUUUACAAAACCUUUGCGGUCUUGUUGGUGAUCAAUUUGAUCUAAAACAGUUUAUUGGGAAUGCUACCAAUGCCAACCAUGGUAACUCUGCCUGUACUCAACAACAACAACAACAACAACAAAGUCAAAGCCAAGUGAAUACUCAAAACUUUGGUUUGGUUCCAAGUACUGCCAGUACCGCUGCUGCCACUGCCACUACCACCGCUACUGGAACUACUGGUCAUUUCACUCAAUUGCACCACCAACAACAGCAAAUCCAACAAAUUCAACAACAACAAUUACAACAAUUCCAAUUACUUCAACAAUUUCAACAAAUUCAACAACAAUUAAAAGGAUCAGAGAUUAAUAACCAAAUCAAUCAAAUUAAUAGUUACCUAAGUCAAAUUGGUAAUAGUAUAUCUUGUAAUAACAAUAGUAAUAGUAACAACAGCAAUAAUAAUACAACCAAUGCAGUAGCAACUGAUUUAAUCAACAAAAUUGCAUUUAAUAAUACCAAUAACUUUUAUCAUCCAUAUUCUAAAUUAAAUGGAAAUAUUAAUAAUAAUAAUAAUAAUAAUAAUAAUAACAUUAUUCAAACAUCUCCAAAUACUACUAAUAAUAAUAAUAUUCCAACACCAAACAAUAGUAACAAUUCUGUACCAAAUCUUAAUCAAUCGGCAAAUUCUUUUUCAAACAAUCAUAACAAUAAUAUUGGAACACCAUUAACAAGUUCAUCUGGAUCUGUUCAUUUGGGUACACCUAGAUCACCACCAUCAAUAGGUGGAUCCAUUCCAACUUCAUUAUUAUCAAAUAUUAUUCAAUCAUCUUCACCUCCACAAAUCCAACAACAACAACAACAACAACAACAAAUGUCUCCACCUCAACAACACCAACAACAUACGCCUGCCACUACAACUUGUUUAAACACCUCAAAUGGUGAAAUCAAUAGUACACCUGUAAAUAUCAACGCCUUUUCCGCUCACCACUCUGGUGCCUCUCAAUACCUUCCCAGUUCACCACAUGACCAUGAAUCAUCGUCUCCCUAUUCCAGUUUUAAUCAACAACAACAACAACAAGUACAGUCUUCGUCGUCGAUUGUAGUUGUAUCACAACCACCUCAACAACCUGGAGGGGGAGGUGCUAGUCUCGGUAGCUUCUCGUUACGCAAGCCAAUCUCGGAAUACAUAAAGUACUGUGGAAAGGGGUUGCCUGCUGAAAAGGUGACUGGUAGCACCAUCAACUUGCCAUUCCAGUGGAGCAAGGAUACCAAGGGAGAGCGUCGUCCACGUGUCAAUAUCAACACUGACGAUGACCUCAAAUUGAUCAUUAGUUUGGACGAUGAACGUGACACCAAUGUACUGGUAUCCAAUCAAAUCGAGUUGGUUACCAACAACAAGUACUUGCGUACAACCAACGUCACGUCGCUCAAACUGCUGUUCCAGGGAAGAGACGGACACUCGCUCUACCUGAUGGACGCAUCUCCAAUCAGUUGGGGAGACAUUUAUUUAUUCACAGUGGUUGUUGUCGACCAACAAACCAACUCGAUCGUAUACGCCGUCGACGAGACCGAAACGCAUUGCUUUGGCAAGAGAUUGUACAGAAGUGAUAAGCCAAAAGAACAAGCAUACGUCAUGCUUCCAGAUAAUAUAAUCAACGAGUCACAUGUCCUCUACACAUGCUACACCACCAAGAUCAAGGAGAGAAAAACAAAGUCUGGCAAGACCGAGUCACUACCCCGUAACACCAUCUUCCGCGACAACAUCUCUCCCGGCCACAAAUGGGAAUUUGUCGAUUACCCUCAAUUCCCUUUAAAUCAAGCUCUCACUUGUGAUAGUCAACCCGUCAUCCUAUCACCUGCCGAAACUCAAUUCUCCUAUUAUUCAGUUUUACCUUUAUCUUUUGAUCAAAUUUAA